AGUAGGAUAUGCAACAUUUCAGUGGUUUGAUGACUGACAGAGCCGCAUCCAUAGCGUCUACAAACACAAUCCCGAACCAAUCCAUUAUACUCGGGUAUGCUCGACUGUGUGCGCAAAACUCGAGCUCGGGAAGGAUAUGCCGGUUUCUAUAAGGGAACAACCACACCAUUGGUAGGCAUAGGUGCAUGUGUAUCGAUCCAGUUUGUAGUGCUCGAGUACAUGAAACGAACCAUGUCUCAGGGUAAUCCCAACGUAGCACUCUCCAAUGCUCAAUUAUGUUUGGCCGGUGGUAUUGCUGGUGUUGCUAACUCAGUCGUAUCUGGACCUGUCGAACACAUCAGAACCCGACUCCAAGUUCAGACUGGUACUGGUACAGGCUAUUCGGGUCCUAUUGAUGCCAUUAGCAAGAUCUAUCGUUCUUAUGGUAUCCGAGGAAUUUACAAGGGUCAGAUGAUGACUGUGCUUAGAGAAGGUGUUGGUUAUUCUGCCUACUUUGCAUGCUACGAGUGGCUAGUUCAACAGACUAUGGAAUCGCAGAACUUGACUCGCAAACAAAUACCCACCACUCAAGUUUGUCUUUAUGGAGCUAUGAGUGGAUAUGCUAUGUGGCUUAUGAUGUAUCCUUUGGAUAUCAUCAAGUCCAAGUUGCAAACAGAUCAUUUAGACGUGUCCAAACGACAAUACCGAUCGGCAAUAGACUGUGCUCGCCAAGUGUUUGCAACUGAAGGUGUCAAGGGUUUCUUUAGAGGAUUUGGGCCUUGCAUGCUUCGAGCUGCACCUGUGAACGCCGUGACGUUCCUUGGAUUCGAGACAGCCAUGCGUGUUUUGUCAUAAAAAAAGAGUAGUGGUAUCAGGGCGCCAAUGUGAUUGGCCGCUUCAGAAAAUUUUCACGAAAAAUAAAUAACUUGUAUUGCACCUGAGUUUGCUUUUUUGCCACUUUCUUUAUAUUCAACAAAAUGGAGCGUACCUACAUCAUGGUCAAGCCUGACGGUAAAGAUUCUUCCUGAAUCUCGUAGAAAAACUUCUGUAGACC